AAUUAAUGAUGAGUCUGAAGCUAUUGCUAAAAAAACUAAUAGUAGAAUUGAUAUGCAUUUAGCAACAACUAGUGCUCUAAUAUUUGCAGAAAGAUAUGAAGGAGAAGCUAAUCAAUACGAUUUAAAUUCAAUGUAUAUAUUUGAAAUGAUAAAAAAAGAUGCAUCAUGGCCAAUUGCACUAGCAACAAUAGAAAGAAAUCUUCCAAAGAAAAGUCUUCAAUGUACGAGAUAUUUAUGUUAUAAUCUACAUAGAAUUUACACAUAUUAUGAUUUAGAAUAUGCACAAAAAAAUGGAUUAAAAAGUAAUAUAUUAUACAAAAUUAAAAAAGAAGGUGGAAUAGAAGGAAAAGUUACAUCUGCACAAAAAAGAAUAUCAGAAAUUGUAAAGCCACUAGAAGAUCAAGUAAAACAUAUACAUACAGAUAGCUUUAUUAUAGCUAGAAAAAUAGAAUUUAAAACAGGAAUAGAAAUAGAAAUUCCAAAUUUGAUUAUUUUCAAAGAAAAUGAGCUUCGCUCUACAAAUAGUUUACUAGAUUUUGAGAAAAUUCAACAAGAUAAAAAGCAGAAUACAAUAUUAGAUACAGAGUAUCCUGCUUUACAGACAGCAAAAAGGAAACUAUCAAAAAAGUCUGAUAUAAAUCUUCCAAAUGAAAUUAUAAUAGAAAUAUUUCAACAUUUAUGA